CAUCCUGAGCUUGUUCUCUACGAUGCGUGUACACCUUAUAGAUGCUUUGACUGAGUCACAGAUCGACGAGGCCGUUCCGCUUAUAGUCAACACUUUCUGCAACGACGAAGGAGGUUCAUGUGGUUUUCAUUGAUUAUCCAAGGCUAGUUUACGGGAGAAUACCAAUACUUAUUUUUCGUAGAAAUCGAGGAACUCGUAAUGAAAUGCUACACCGGCAACGAUAUCGACAUUCUCAAGCUCUAUGCGAGAGCCAUUGUGCAAGCUGCCAACUUGGUGGGCCAUAUUUUCGUCACAACUGAAAGGGAUCUAUGGCCUGCCCCCAUGAUAUCUGCUGCUUUCUGCUGGGAGCCGGGUCAAUCUCUUUGGGCAACGAAGGAACAACGAGAACUUGGCUUUGACCAACUUUCCGCCGCUAUAUCUCCGGAUACUCGCGCAUUUUGGGGGGAGGUCAAGCAAGUAGGCGAUACACUCAAAGCCGAGCACGGGCUCUCCUUAAUGCCAACGGAUACGUUCUACGUGAAUAUGCUUGUCACAGAUCGCCACUUCCAGAAUCGUGGGUUCGGUACAGCAGUCAUGAAGGCCGUACUAGCAUUCGCAGCUAAGGACGGAAGAGGGUGGGAUGUUGGUCUUAUCACUCAGAGUCCUGAAAAUCGAGAUUGGUAUGUAAGCCUAGGCUUCAAGAACGUGGGUUCUUGCAAAAUAUCUGCAGAGCCGUAUGGCGAUUUUGUGACCAUGUUCGUUUUUGAUCCUUACAAGACUAGUUGAAUGGAUGACACGUAUACCUGCAAUUCUUCGAAUGGCCAAUACCUGGGUGUAUGAAAGGAAGACAGUCAAUUACAAAGAACGAGAGAGAACGACCUCCCGAUAUAUCGUCACAGUUUCCAUGCUAGUACAUUAGUCCUGAUGGUCAUUCUCUUAUCAGAAUGUGGCACAAAGAAUCCAUCGAUCUUAUGAGAGCAAUCCAUUCGACUAGACCUCCAA